AUAAUUUCGCAAAUUAUUUCCCACGUUAAAUAUUUCCUCAGCGGUGUAUAGUCGCUACACUGCUUCCACCGAUCAAUUGUCGUUUCAUCGGACCGUGUAAAACACAGUGCAUCGGAAAAUGGCCGGGAAAAGUACGAUUCUGAUCAUCGGAGCUACCGGUUACAUCGGAAAGUACAUCGCCGAGGCGGGUCCCAAGGCCGGACAUCCCACAUUCGCCCUGAUCAGAGCAUCCACUCUCUCAAACCCCGACAAGUCCCAAGUCGUCGAGAGAUUGAAGAAUGCCGGCGUUAAUUUCAUCACCGGUGAUUUGUACGAUCAUGAGAGUUUGGUGAAGGCGAUAAAGCAAGUGGAUGUGGUAAUUUCAACGGUGGGUCACUUCCAAUUGGCUGAUCAGCAUAAGAUCAUUGCUGCUAUAAAAGAAGCUGGAAACGUCAAGAGGUUUUUUCCAUCAGAGUUUGGGGUUGAUGUUGACCGGGUAAAUGCAGUGGAGCCAGCGAAAUCAGCAUUUCAGGUCAAAUCUGCCCUUCGUCGCGCCAUUGAAGCUGAAGGAAUACCCCACACUUUUGUGGCCAAUUUCUUCUUUGCCAACUACUUUCUUCCAAAUUUGGCUCAGCCUGGUUCUACCUCUCCCCCUACAGAGAAGGUUGUCAUUCUUGGGGAUGGCACACCGAAAGCUGUUUUCAACAAAGAAGAAGAUAUAGCUUCAUAUACCAUCAAGGCGGUGGAUGAUCCAAGGACUUUGAACAAAAUCCUUUAUGUUAGGCCUCCAAAAAACACAAUUUCCUUCAAUGACAUUGUUUCCAUCUAUGAGAAGAAGAUUGGCAAAACUCUUGAAAAGGAAUAUGUUCCUGAAGAACAAGUUCUCAAGAACAUUAAAGAAGCUGGAUUGCCAUUGAAUGUUGGACUGUCUAUUAGCCACUCUGCAUUUGUGAAGGGAGACCAUAGUAACUUCGAAAUCGAAUCAUCUUUCGGGGUGGAGGCAUCGGAGCUUUAUCCCGAUGUCAACUAUACAACCGUGGAAGAGUUCAUCAACAAUUAUGUCUGAGAUAGAUAAUUGCAUGCCGACUAGUUUGUAGUAGGGCCAUCCCCAUAUAUAUAUAUAUAUAUAUAUAUAUAUAUAUAUAUAUAUAUGUGUGUGUGUGUGUAUGUGAUGUGUGUUUGUUGCUGCUAUAUAUGGCUUACUAGUUUCUUGUUUCAAAGUCCAAGUCCCGGCCAACUACUUUAAUUUUCCCUUAUAAUAUCUACUUUCAUUAUCAGGCAAGUGUUGCAGUGUUUGUAUGGAUUAUUGGCCAUGUUAUAAAGUAAUAAUAUCAAUUUCAUUAGCGUUUUGAAUCUUCA